UAUUGCCGCUGGCCCUUUAAAUUGCAGAUAAGGCAGCCGCUGCAGGCCUAUGGUGCUCAUUUUAGAGGCAAUCAGCUUGCAGGUUGCAUCUCUUUCUCCUCUCUAUGGAAAUCCAUGAAGUGGAUCAUGGUCUUAUCCGCCAGUUGCUUGCAGAUUCAGAGGAGACUCUUGGUGCAUGUACUGAGAAAAUGCAGGCCCCCGCUCCAUAUAACUGGAGUGCUGACUGGAGCUUUUGGAUCUCAAGUUCCACUUAUAAAUAUAGGAGUGAGGAGUUUAAGAGACAGUUUUCACAUCUGCCAGAUUUGGAGAGGCUCAUAGUAGAUUAUGCCUGUGCCCUCCAGAAGGAUAUUCUGCUGCAGGGACGCCUGUACCUCUCUGAAAACUGGCUCUGUUUCCACAGCAACAUCUUCCGAUGGGAGACCACAAUUUCUAUUGCCUUGAAGGAUAUAACCUUCAUGACAAAGGAGAAGACUGCGCGGCUCAUCCCAAAUGCCAUCCAAAUUGUAACAGAAGGGGAGAAGUUUUUCUUCACAUCCUUCAGUGCUAGAGAUAGAAGCUACCUCAGUAUCUUCCGCUUAUGGCAGAAUGCACUACUGGACAAGAGACUGACCAAACAGGAGUUCUGGCAACUAGUACAACAGAGCUAUGGCUCUGAGCUGGGCCUGAACAGUGAGGAGAUGGAGAGCUUUUACUCCUCCUCUGAAGACAAUGGACAAUCUAGAUCCAGCAUUUGUGAUGAUUCUGGAGACAGAGAUGAAAAAUUACCCAAAGCAAUCCGUGAAAUUCAUGAACCCAUCAUUCAGAUAGUAGAGGCAGAGCCAUUCCAUGGAAACACACUGACCGGAGGGUCUGAGCAGGAGGAAUCCCAAAAUGAGAAGCAGAACAAGAGAAGCCCUCUGUUGCCUUCAGAAAAGAAACCAGUUAAGCUAGAGAGACGCAGGCUCCUAGCACAGUCCCUGGAGCCGAUUGAGAACGAGAAUCUUCUGGAGAAGAGCAGUGCCUCAGAUAGCGAGGAAGAAGCCAAGGAGACUGUCCCUGAGAAUGACCUGCACGGGAGACUCUUUAUUAACAGAGUUUUCAAUAUCAGCGCAGACAAGAUGUUUGAAAUGCUUUUCACCAAUUCCCAUUUCAUGCAGAGAUUUCUCAACACCAGGAAUAUAGUAGAUGCUGUAUCGACCCCUUGGAAUAUGGACGGCAGUGGCAAUCAGUUGAGGACCCUCACCUACACUAUAAUGAUUAACAAUCCGCUCAUUGGGAAGUACACAACUGCAACAGAAAAGCAGAUCCUGAAUAAACUGAGCCAGAAAGGUCAGUCUUAUCGGGUAGAUGCAGAGGUGCUGACACAUGAUGUCCCGUACCAUGAUUACUUCUACACUGUGAACAGAUACUCCAUCACCCGCACAUCCAAUCAGAAAUGCAGAUUACGGCUUUCCACAGAUGUGAAAUACAAAAAGCAGCCAUGGGGCCUCAUCAAGUCUCUAAUUGAGAAGAACACCUGGAGUGGGAUAGAGGAGAAUUUCAAACAACUUGAAUCAGAUCUGCUAAUGGAAGAAUAUGCAAUAAACCAAUCUAUAGAAGAUCCUGGGAAACUUAUUGCCCUAAGAAGACGACGACGGAAUUUACACCGGAAUGUGGCAGAGCUGCUUCCUAAGCGUUCUUCACAGCACUCUUCUGGGGACAUUGGAUUGGAGUCCCAGGGCAACAUAGUAGGAAGGAAAAGGGAUGUUGCAAGAAAGACCACAGCCAUCAUUGUGGUAAUGAGCAUCUUUUUGCUGCUCUUGGUUUUGCUGAAUGUGACUCUCUUCCUUAAACUAUCAAAGAUAGAGCGUGCAGCUCAGUCAUUUUACCGGGUCCACCUUCAGGAUGAGAAGUCUUUAAACUUAGCCCCUGACAUGGUGUCCAGAGAGGAUAUCCCUCAGCAUGACAAGGAACAGGUUCAGCAGGUGAAGGGAGUGCUGCAAGACUCUAUUGCAAUGCUUGAACAGCUGAAGAGCUCCCUUUCUAUGCUUCAGAGAAGCUUUGAUCACCUGAACAAGAGCAAGAGUGAUGAGACUGAGAGUUAACAUUACCAACACCCACAACUCAAGAUGUCAUGAGAAUGAAGAUGCUGCAUGUCUGUUUGGGGGUGGGGGGUUUGAUAUACUGUUGUCUCAGGACUUUUUACUAUUUUUUGCUCCGUAGCUGCUGGUGCAGCUAAUAAAGACCUCUGG